AUGACAGAUGCCCCUCACAAUAGCCCCGACGCCCUUUUGCAGUUAGAGCGGGACACAAGACCCGGAGAUGGGUUCCCACAGGAAGGAAUUCCCCCGAAUGAAGAGUCACACGAGUCACAAGAAUCGGUUUCUGAGGUCGAAGGCCCCACUCCAAGCAGACAUCAUGAUACUGUAUCCUUGGACAUACCAGAACGGGUAAGCGGCGAAUCACAGGUCGAUGGUCAAGCAACAGAGCAGACCGAUGAGCAAGCAAGCCGGGCAGGUGACAUGGGAGGGAAUCCCUCCCCGCCACCGCCAGAUGCCAUACAUGGACGAAGGCGCGAUGUCCCGAUAUGGGUGACCUGGGAAGAUGAUCUCUCUGCUAUAACGGAGGAGGAGUUGAACGAACUAGAAUCAACAUGGAGCGAAGAAUCAGAGCCGACCGCCACGGAUGUACCCAGAAUGGAGAAAUACAUCUAUCGGGACGUAGAUGAUCCGGAACAGCGGCCUGUCAAGAAGCUGAGGCUGAGUUGGAUCAUCAAAAGAGUCAGGGGCACUAGGGACAAACCCAAAUAUGCCAGGAUGAUGGUGUCUCCGGCUGCGAAGGUGGACGAAAACUACUGGCAGAUCAAGUUUUAUCCUCGGGGCAACAAAAGCUCCUCUGUCAGUGCAUAUAUCAGUUGCAACAGGCAUCCUCCCAAAGUCGAUGCUAACACCCACAUCCCGGAGUGUACCUUUUCUGUGUUCGAAGGGGCUCCAAAUGUUGACUUGGGGACUGCUGCUCCUUCUCAGUCGCUCAAAAUCGAGAGCCACACGAGAAGUCAGAGCAUUUCUGCUUCAGUGCAGUCUGUCACAUCGUCAGCCCUGGAGAAGUCGCACCACGAUGGCGUCACAAAUGCUAACUCUCCCAAUCCCCAAACCCCGGAUGACCCUGAGCCCCAACCGGGGGAAUCUACAGACCUCGGAGGCAAAGAGGGUGAGCAGCAGGACUGGCGCGUUUCUGCACAGUUGGGGAUGGUGAUAUACAACCCGGAGGAGCCGCGCACUUGCGAGUGGAAAUCUUCGCAACACCAGUUUGCGAAGACCAAUGACGACUGGGGAUGGACCAGCCUUGUUGAUCACUGGGACGAUAUUCACAUUCGGCAGCAUUUACAACGCCAACCCCUUCUUCGAAAUGACACUAUUGCCAUUGACGCAUACAUUCGCAUCUUCGACGAUCCGACACAGGCGCUGUGGUGGCACCCCUCUGAUGCCGAGCCGGCCUGGAACUCCAAAUCACUCGCCGGCUACUAUCCCAUGGGCAGUGACGAGCAAUCGAGCAGCCCUGCUUUAGCUGGGUUAAGCGCAUGGCUCCUCCUUGCCCCCUUCCGUAAGGUACUCCAGAGUUGGCCUUUCGCAGAGUAUGAGCGCCAUUCACGAGAACCUCUUAAACCAAUCGUGUCUGAGCUACAGAGUAUCUUGUCACGCAUGCGCUCGUUGGACAGCAAAACCGCAUACGUGAGUGUAGACGGUCUCGUGCGCGCACUUAAGAAUGACCUUGGAGAGUCCUACAUUGAUGUCAAGACGUUCUGGGAAGUGCUCAGGAGGGCAAUUGAACUCGAGUUCCGAUAUGAGCCCGGCUUACUGAUACAACUCAGCAGCAUCUUCGACAGUCCAGACAAUCCAAACAGCCCCAUGUCCUUGCCACCCCUGCCGGUUCAAGGAGUCAAGGACAUUCAACAAGGUCUCGAUCAAGUCCUCGACGGCCUCGGGUACAAGGGCCGUCUUCCCAACUUCUUGCCACUGUUUCUCGCUCGCCAGCGCUUCGAUGAAGCUGCGCGAGAAUGGAAAACUUUAAACGAUCGCGUCGUCCUAAAUGAAGUGCUCGAUGUCUCAAAAUAUUGUGGCACGGGCAAACAGGCCACCUACACUCUCUACGGUUUUGUUGUCCACAAAGGGCAAAGAACCUCCGAAAACUUUUUCAGCGUCCUACGACCAGGGGGACCAAAUACAAAAUGGCUUGCUUUCGACGACGAGUGCGUGAAGCGCAUUCACUCAUAUACACGAAAGCGGAUUGAGGAGUAUCAGGGGUUCACGGCCCAGACUUUGCCAGAGGGGACUCGCUCCAGUUUGGCACCGUCGACCCCUGUCGCUUACUUGGCAAUGUACGUCAAGACAGACGUCCUCCAAGAGUAUCUUCCUGGCGUACUGGAGCCGUACCAACCUUCAAACAACAAGUCCUCUUCCAUGGCGCAUGAAAUUGGCAGUCCGAGCGGGCUACCCGUAGCGCCCCCUCCUGAUUCGGCGGAGAUGAUCAAGGUAGCCUAUUGGUCUGACGAGACCGUCAUCGGGCAGAAGGGACUUCUCGAUGUUCACAGCUUCACGCGGCGGUCAGAGCAGUCUGAACCAUAUUAUACUACGCGAUUGCCCAAGUCUGCCAGCUUCGCGGCCCUCAGGCACAAGGUGGCUGAAUAUCUAAGGCUUGAAAAUCCGGACAAGGUCCUCCUAUUUCGCAUAGGAGAUGAGCCUAGUAAUAAUAGGAGGGAGAAGCUAUUGCCUCUUCAAAGUGAUCAUGCCACUCGUCCUUGCACAACCAUCUGCCCCUUGCUCCUCUGGGUGGCCAUGAUCAACAGUGACGAAGAGCUUGAUCUCCUUACUGAAUACUACCAAGCCUUAGAAGGGCAUCUUGACCGGGAUAGAUCAAGUGGUGCGGCUGUCCUUGGACGACCGCAACACCUCGAAAGUGGCGAUGGAAUAGAACUCGCAGGCCCAGAUGCUGAACAAGCGUCACUGCAUGCCGCUGUAGCUGCAGAUAUCGAGCGCAUCGGUACGAUGAUGCCGGCGCCAGAACCGGCAGCGGCGGGUGACCCAGACACGCAAAUGUCGGAGACUGACGUAUCGCCUCCCACGGCUGAAGAAAGCCUUACAGCGGAGGUACCGCAUGGGCAUCUGGUCGAAGCGCAGGAGCAUGAAGGCCAAGUGGCUGUUCUCAGUGCCAACAAUGUUGAAGACCCCUUCCAUCCACCGGCAGACGAGGACGUGACGGGAUCUCCCCAAGAUGGCGAAAGAGCUGGCAUGGGGGCCGUUUCCACGGAUAGAGGUGAACCCGAGGAAAUUUUCUUAGAUCCCGGACUUGCAGAGAUGGAGGAGGACGACGACACAUCGUCGUCGGAGUCGUUGGAGACGGAAACCGAGGCUCAGGUGGCGGCGCCCAAGGGACUUUCUGUUAUCUUCGGUUUUCUCCAGACUUUUGACAUGGACGAGCAAACCUUCACAGUGCGAAGCAGCUUUUUCGCCAGACGUAGCGACAAUGUGAAGGAUGUGGUUCGCCGACGGAUGGGAUGGCCGGCCGACAAAGACUUCCAUGUCUGGCGCCGCGAGGACACUGUCAGAGGCAGCGCAGUUGAGAGCAACGCCACGUUCGAGAGCGACGACCUGUUCUGGGACGGCAUCUACGUGAUCGUUCGGGAACAGCUUUCCGAAGCCAGGUGUCAAGAACUUUGCAAGCAGGGCAAAUACUUGGACCCGUUCGAGUUGUCUGCACACUUGCAGAUGGUGGCUCGGAAUCACCCUGUGCUAUCCAAGACCACGGCGGAAGCGGAGCCUGUCGAGAUAUGCGAGUUCGGCGGCGACUACUACAAGGGCCCGCUGGUCAUGGGCCGGCGCCACGGCGAGCACUGCGUCCACAUCAGCUCGGCCGGCGAGGUGUACGAGGGCACGCUGGUGUGCAACGUCCGAUGCGGCAAGGGCGGCAAAAUGACCUAUCCCAACGGCGAUGUGUACAUUGGCGAAUGGGCCGACGGCAUGCCACACGGCCAGGGCACGUUUGUGCAACACCGCACGGGCAACAAAUAUGUCGGCGGCUUCGAGUACGGCAAGCGCUGGGGCAUGGGCACCACCUACUGGCAGGUCGCCGACGAGCAGGCCGAUCUCUGUCAGAUCUGCUACGGCAAUGAUAUCGAUGCCUUGUUCUUCAGCUGUGGCCAUGUCUGCGCCUGCGUCGACUGUGCCAAACAGUGCGAGAUCUGUCCGAUCUGCAGGAAGCCCGUCGCCCAGGUCGUCAAGAUGUUCCGUGCCUGA